AUGGCAAAGGAUCGCAGCAUAGCUCAGGCGAGCAUCUCAGGGCUGCUGAACAAGAUCAGCGACCCUGACCCGGACAUUCGUUUCAUGCAGCUCAGUGACCUGGCGAAUGUGCUCUCCUCGACCUCCACGGAAUACCUUCGCAAUGACUCGCACACUGCAGCCCGGAUAAUCGACGGUUUGCUCAAGUCACUAGCUGAUCAGAACGGCGAGGUUCAGAAUCAGGCUCUGAAGUGUAUUGGUCCGCUGGCUGCUCGCACACCAGGUGAUAUUGUGGCACCUUUAAUCGACAAACUCACUGAUCUCACCAACCGUGAGAUCGACCUUUCAAUCCCUAAUACCGCUCUCCGAAGUCUCAUUUCAGCUUUGCCCCAACCGCAGCCGAAUGGAGCGUCUGCGCAGGAGGUGAAAGACGCUUAUAGUGCCAUCAGUAAGGUCUUGAUACCAAGAUUGGUCGGCCAUGUCGUCUUGCCUACCGGUAAGACUCCCCCUCGACUACCAACCGGUUUGCUGGAAAACCACAAGGAUAAAGGUUACAGCGCCGAUGCAGUCGAUGUCAUGAUUGAGAUUGUGAAAUGCUACGGCUCCUUGCUACAAGAGGUGGAACUGGUUGAACUUGCAAAGUCCACCAUGCACAUAAUAGAGAGUCCCCAGGCUGGUGGAGUGGUCAAAAAGAGAGCUCUGGCCGGAAUAGGCGCAUUGCUGGUCCAUUUCAACGAAGGUCAAGUCGGCUCUUUUGUUGCUGCACUGAAAAACAGCUUCGACAAUCAACAGCUUAGUAUGGAGCAUCGGAAAUUCCUUAUCGCCACAGCCGGAACUCUCGCACGGUCAAUUCCCACCAAAGCCGGUCCAUACCUUGACAGUGUCGUGCCUUACGUGCUGGGAGUGCUAAGCCAGCCGGAGAUCUCGUCUACUGCGUCCAUUGAUGACGAUAUGGAGGUGGACACAGAGACGGAGGAGUUGCGAGAAACGGCGCUCAUCUCUUUGGAGUCUAUGAUAGGGUCUUGUCCCACUGAGAUGCAUCCCCACCUUUCGGACGCCAUCGACGCCGCCUUGCGAUAUCUAAAGUACGACCCGAAUGUGGCAGAACUGUCUGAUGAUGAAAUGGGGGGCCUUCAGGACAACAACUCUGACGAUGGCUUCACAGAGGAUCCUGCUGACGACGAUGACGACGAUGAAUAUGCAGAGUUGGAUGACGACGAUGCGUUUAGCGAUGUUGACGAUAUGAGCUGGAAAGUUCGAAGAUGUGCUGCGAAAGUCUUGUAUGCCAUCAUCUCCGGAGCUACAGCGGCAGAUCGAGAUCUCCUCUUUGGCAGAAUCGCUCCUGAUCUCAUUUCUCGACUUUUCAAAGAGCGCGAAGACAGUGUUAGAUUGGAGGUCAUCGCAGCAACCACGAUGUUGAUUCGCAAAACAGGCUCUUCACCAUCUCUCGAACUCUCUCGUGUUGACUCUUCUGAGAACCCCGCUGCACCGACUAACACUCGAAAACGAAGACGUCAAGAUAGUGAAGCCGACCGACAGGAUCCAGAUUUAAGAGGCCUCGUUGCUGCGCGCUCCAGUCCCCCAAUCAUGCCAGCAUCACCUCCUACUGGAUCCCAAGCAGAACUCGUCGCACUUGUUCCGAGAAUUGUUCAGGCUCUCUGCAAACUCUGGAAGAAAGCCAGCAUGUCUCUGAAGCAAGCAUCUGUCAUAAUGCUGAAGACUCUUACCCUAUCGCGGAAUGGCAUAUUGUCAGAUCAUCUGCAACAAUUGGAAGACCCGAUUGCGGAUGCCCUGAAGCCCUCUAACGCGGCUGGCUCAGGUGGAACGGGUGCCGGAACAUCAGCAACAGUGUCAAGUCUUCAGAUUGAGACUCUGACUUUGGUCAGCACUAUUGCGGAGACGAAUGGCACGACUGUGCUGAUUCCAUUUGUCAUUGCCCUGAUACCACCAGUCACGACGAUUGCUCGCGACCGAAAUUACAAAGUCUCAAGUGAAGCUCUUUCCACAAUCGAACAAUUCAUCAAAGCACUUACACCACCUCGCUUGGCCACGGCGAAUCAAGAUCAUGCUAUGCACAUUCAGAAGCUGUGGGAUGUCGUGGUCAGCCGAGUAACUGAUAAUAAUACCGAUCUUGAGAUACGCCAUCGAGCCAUCCAAGUAUUUGGCGUACUUAUUGCUAGAACUUCUUCCACGCAACUGCUCCCUAGCGAUUCUCGUGUCAAGAGUCUAGGCAUCCUCGACGAUAGACUACGAAACGAAACCACAAGGCUUGCUAGUGCAAGGGCUAUUGGCCUAGUCGCUGAGGCAGCGGGAGUUCACGAUAAUAUCGGAACUGCCUGGAUCCAAGAUGUGUCGCUCGAGAUGGCCAAUCAACUUCGGAAAGCCGACCGCGCUCUUCGUGUUUCUUGUUUGGAGUCGUUACAGUAUCUCGCUCUCAAUCCUGUGACGUCCUCACAGUAUGAGACGAAAACAAUUGUGCAGCUCCAAAGUCACUUGAUGCCUCUGAUUUCGGCCAAUGACCUGCAUCUUCUAACCCCAGCACUAGUCAUUCUGUCAAAAACAAUCCCAACAAACGCCGCAGCUCUGGUCAACGACGACACUGUACGUGCUCUGUGUGCCAUUACCCAAGCUCGCCUGGAAGGCCCGCCACUUCGAGCGUACCUCCUUGUGGUCAAGGUCAUUGGUGAGCAGGGAGUUGGUGCCCUCCUCAUGAAAGGGCUACUAGCUACUGGCACCAGCGGCGAAACAGCGGUGCUUGGGAGGGCGAUUGGUACUCUACUUGUCUAUGGUGGAGACAACUUGGGAGUCACCAUAUCCGACUUUCUCCAAGAGCUGGAAGCAUCCGACGAUGUUCGAGCAGUCUGCCUUGCUUUGACUGUUCUUGGUGAGGUGGGCUUCAGGAUGGGAUCUCGGGCUCCCAUUGACAUCCAAACCUUCAUCAAAUGUCUAAACGCCGAUGCCGAAAAAGUUAGACUCACUGCUGCUGUCGCUCUAGGGAGUGCCAGCUCAAACAACGUCUCUGAGUGCCUUCCGGUCAUUUUGCAAAGCCUGAACCGGGACCCCGGUCAAGACUAUCUAUAUCUCCACGCGCUGAAGGAGAUUCUGGAACACGCUGACAACUCCUCGGGUGAACUGACACCGUUUGCGUCUGAAUUGUGGCAGAAGUUGUUCGCAGUUUCCGAAGCAGAAGACAACAGUGCUGUUGGAGCCGAAUGUAUUGGCAGAUUGGCCACGAUAGAUCCUGAUGUCUAUGUGCCGGAGCUGGCAAGAUCGCUGGAGAAUACUAACCCUGCCAUUCGAGGGACCGUUAUUUCAGCAUUCCGAUUCACUCUCGGCGAGACGAGCAAUUCAUACAACAGUCUCCUGGUCAAGAUGAUGACACCUAUGCUUCAGACCAUGCUCAAUGAUUCGGACAUUGGAAACCGACGUCUUGCGGUCACGACGCUGAAUGCAGCCAUUCACAACAAACCCGAACUUAUUAUUCCAGAUAUCGGUCAGAUUCUGCCCACCAUUCUUGAGUCCUCACACAUCAAUCGUGAUCUCAUCAAAACUGUCAAGAUUGGCCCGUUCACCCAUCAAGAAGAUGGAGGUCUGGACCUUCGCAAAUCCGCGUACGCCACGCUGUAUGCGUUGCUCGACUGUCCCGGGGCAAUCUCACAUUUGCCCAUUCCCAAAGUCUUUGAUCGUAUCCUUGACGGUAUCCCUGACGACACGGACAUUCGCACUUUGUGCAACCUCAUGCUCUCACGUCUCUCGGUUAUUGACCCAGAUGAGACCCGUCGUCGCCUCUCGGCGCUCUCAGAGAAGUUCAAAAUCGUCCUCGGAGCAAAGAUUAAAGAGAAUGCCGUCAAGCAGGAAAUCGAAAAAGUCAACGAAGCCAAUGCUGCCGUCAUCAGAACCACCAUGGAACUUGAGCGGAAAUUCCCCUCGGCCAGCGCCGACGUCAGCGGAGACCUGGUGGCCUGGAAGGGCUAUGUCGAAUUCGUUAAGAAGGAAUUUGCACAAGUCGUGCGCAACGUACUUGCAGAGGGAGCUUGA